UAAUAAAAAAAAUAGAAAAAUAGGGAAAUAGAAUAAUAUUAUUCGCGCCCUAAGUACCAAUUUUUGACGAUCUUCAACUCUUGUUUGCUUACAAGCUGCUCAUAAUGGCACCAUAGGGUCUCCAUAUUAUUGUCCCUUAACCCCUGCGGAAAUCAAGUCAUUCCAUCGAUCCCCGAAUCAGGAGAUAAGAAGGGAUCAACACCUUUUGCACUUGCAAAAGCCCCAGCAGUCAGCAGACCCAGCACGUCGAGCUAAGCCCACUAUUUCUGUCGCUCUACUUGGCGAGAAGCGAACGAGGAAGAGUAGCCUGCAUAUGAGGUGUUCGAUGAAUUGCUCCACUGAAGAUUUUUCAGCUCGUGCGCCACAACUAAUGGGUUUUUACGUAGAGCUCCUUGUGAUCAUCUUAUUUUUACGAUUUCGAUGAUUUGUCUAGGCGGGUCUAACUCUACGAUCCCGCGACAUCUCCGAGGCACACACAAUGGCAUUUACUUUCUUGAGAAGAGGCAUUGCAGUAACGUCAGGGGUCAACUCUCGUUUUCUGCCGAGGUUGGUCAGUGUUUGGUCAAGUGCGUCCGAAGUUGCUGAUAAGGGAAUCGAAAAGGGUCGGUCUGAGUUGGUUGAUAAUGGGCCUAAAACAGCUGCUCGCGGUUCGAACAGAGUGCAGCUUUCUCCAUUGUUUGCUGAUGGCAGGCCUUCAUUAGAUGGUUGUGCCAUUGAGGUUGUGGAUGACGACCCGUGGCAGGUCUCGGCUGCGUUGGCGCAGGCAUGGCAGGGUUCGAGGAGGUCGUCGGGAACAGAAAAUUUGACCGAAACAACAGAUGAGUAUGAGGAUCAUUCUUCAUCCGUUGAGGAAGAGGCCGACUUCAACGAGAUUGAUAACACGUGGAUAAGAGGCAAUCUCUUUCACAAAAUUGACGAGGCAUCCAAGGAGUUCGAAGAGUACAGUUCUGACUUCCAUAGGAAGAAAUCCCCAAAGCGGCGAGAAGAUCCAAAGGAAAGCAAGAAGAAGGAAGACCGAGGUUUAGCCACCAGAGAUGAAAAACUUCCCAAAGCUGCAAAGAAAAAGAAUGUGCCUUUUCUGCUGGAUGAAGCCGAAGUUGAUUGCACUUCAAGCAAAAAGAGGCUGAGGACUCCGACAUUUAAUCAACUCACAGGUCCUUACCAUGAACCGUUUUGCCUGGAUAUUUACAUAUCAAGGGCCUCUGUUCGUGCAUGUAUAGUUCACAGGGCGACGGGCAAAGUCGUCACUGUGGCACAUUCUAUUUCGAAAGACAUGAAGUUCGAUCUGGCUUCGACUAGAAAUACAACUGCUUGCACUGCAGUUGGCGAAAUUCUGGCUCAGCGAGCGUUGGCUGAUGACAUUCAUGACGUAAUUUACACGCUGAGGAUGGGGGAGAAAUUGGAGGGAAAGCUUAUGAUUGUGCUUCAGGUUGUUAUUGAUAAUGGGGUUAACGUGAAGGUGAGACUAAAGCAACGGAAAACAAAGAAAGCCAACCAUCAAGCCACAAUUUAAAGGCGGAGUCAUCAGCUCUCUAGUUGCGUGCACAUUAGAAUGGAAUUCUGCUGUGCUGGUGGCGACUGUUUAUGGGUAGAUGCAACUUUUGCUUAUAUGAUCUAGAGAAUGUUGCAUGACAUUGUAAGGCAUCACUAUUCUCCUGGAGAUGAGUUUUUG